AUGCAUCCCCCGCCACUUUUGAAUGCACAGCAUGCCUCGUCCAAGGCUGAAAAACACGAGACCUGUCGGUUUCGAAAGGUGAAGUGCGACGGCCAACACCCGAUUUGUGACAUUUGUCGCAAAACUGGGCGACAGUGCGAGUGGGAGUUCUCUAACUUUCGAGAGAGCACCCCUCCGUCUCCCGAUCGGCCCUCGCAGGCGCUCUCCAAUGCCUUCAUUUCCACCCUGUAUCGCCACUACAUCACCACGCUUGCGCCCUGGUACGACCUAAACGACUCUCAGCGCCGCUUUCAAGACCUCGUCUCUCUAGAGUCACUAUCCAAUCCGCUCCUUUUCAGCGCUAUUCUCGCAUUUUCGUGCAUCCAUCUGUACCGACGCUCCGGUGACGAUGAAUACUAUCUCUACGUUGCCGAGUUUUAUCAUCUGCAAAGCAUUCAAAAAUUGAUUGCUCUCACUGAUGAUUUGAGCUCGUUUCAUUUUGAUGGGGCUACUCUUGCAGUGACCUGCCUGUUGAGGAGUUAUGAAAUUUUAGCUCAAAACGUGGCGACGCAGAGCCAUCUCCUCGGAUCGUCGUCCUUUCUUCGAGACCAGCAGAUCCAUAUCAGCGCCUCGGAUCUGCUCAGUGCCGGUUUCUGGAAUUAUCUUCGGGAGGACAUCACCGUUGCACUUGUUGAGAAACGACGACUCAAAAUCGAGCUUGAUCAGAUCCAUAUACCGUAUUCUCCUGCCCGUGAUGACGAGAGGGCUAAUUUGAUUAGUCUGUUACUCGGCAGAGCAAUAAAUGUCUCUUUUGGAGACAGGUCUAGGCUGGACGCAGAGGAAUUGAGAAAUUUGGAGUCAGAAGCGGCUCAAUGGAAAAACGAUCUACCAUCUUCAUUUGACCCGAUAGAGUCAAGCCAGAUCACAAACACAGAUGACUUUCCUAUACUGUGGCUGUAUCAUGGCUGGCACAUCGCCGCCUUGCAAUAUUACUACACCCUCCAAGCCAUCUUCUGUCUCGUAUCACUCACAACCAUGAACGACACCAGAGCAGACCCAUCGUCGUCUGGUAUGCUGCAAACCGCAUCAAAUCUCCUCACGAGUGCUCCACGAAUAUUAGACAAAAUCGAAGAUUAUGCCACUCGGGUAUGUGCCUUGGCAAUCUCGAAUGACUGCGAUGCAGCACGCGUGAAUGCGUUUGGGCCGACGGCUUUUUGCGGCGCAUACCUGAGAAACAAGACGCAACGGGCCCGACUCGUCGACGAGCUCAAAGGAUGGGAAGAACGCACUGGAUGGCCAGCUGAGAGUAUAUUGCUAGUAUUACAAAAUGCUUGGGAUGAUUGA